AUGGAUAUUCCGUCUUUCAUCUGCGGCAACUCCUAUGGUAGGUUCAAGAGCCAUCUGUUUGAACCUGCUCCCAGCUCCCACCACAGCUUUCCUCUGCGUCUCCUGGACCGCGUCAGCACCGCGAUGUGCAACGCGGCGCAACUCCAAGAGGAGCUUUACGAAGCCGAGCUCUUCUGUUGAGAGCUCGCCAUGCACGUGCUGGCUGUCGAGACAGAGUCCACCUCCCUCAUCCCCGGCCUGCUGCCCUACGCUUGGAUUAGCAAUGGGAAUGCAUUUCUCUGCAGUGAGGGGUGGAGACAAUCCUUCCACGUACGUACUUCCCCCGGCUACCUCAAACCUUUAGUUGUCGUUGCCUCCACCAGGCCUCGUCUUGUAUCUUCCAUGCUUUCCACUGGUGACCUUAUUAACUGAAGACCACGGAUGGGUCGUCCCCAUGUUCUGUUCCGUCUCGAAGUUCACUGCAUAACGGGAGGUUCCUGAUUAAAACCAACUUAUAUGAAGUCUACGCAGCCAUGACCUUCUUCAUCGAAGGAGAAGGUUAUUUUUCCAUUAUUCGUUUCAAUCUCUCUAUCUCUCACACACACACCCCCACCCCACACGCGCACUCUCUUUCUAUCAAUCCAAGUGUAUAUUAUAUUAUACACACACAAAGAUACGUAUAUACAUAUUAUAUGUAGAUGAGUGCCUCUUAGAGAUACCAGGAAAGAUAUUAGUUAAGCAAAUAAAAUUUCAAUUUCUUGAUGAUAGGGGCAUCAUGCUAUCUUUCUUCACAAAGUUUGCCAGAUUAAUAAAACGAUAAGAUACUGUUCAUAAGUAUGCCCCUGUAUCCCUCAUAGAAGCGUACUAUGCGAUUUCCUCAUAAAAAGCUGAUUUCUAUAGGUGAAUCUCCUCAUCUAG